ACGAUAUAUUCUGCAGUCGUAGCGACACACGGUCGAGAGCGGCAUCAAGAUAGUUCGUUGCAUGACGGAAGGAUUUAUGACACCGAUAUAGAUUAAGCGCCUGAUGCAGGCGCUUGAUGGUUGUUGAUGCGAUGUUUCAUGUGCUUGUUCCUUCGGUGCAGUGAGCCGUUCUUACUACGAGCAGUCAACGCAGCCGGAUCCGACUUUGACCAACAGCAUGGUGGCUUCUACAGCUACCAAUUCUGGAUCAAACCAGCCGACGGAACGAUCAAGACUACGACUGUUCCAUUCACCAUCGUAUCAACGAAAGCGGAUCUUGCACCCACAGCAUCUGCUCCUUCGGCAUCAUCCUCAACCUCGUCUGCAACCUCCAGCUCCGCUGCAACAAGCUCACGCUCCACUGCAUCUGAUGUUCUCGAACCGACAAGCGUUCAUACAACAACCAGUGCCAUUGCACCCACAAUCAGCUCUGCCGAUACCAAUGAAUCCACACCAGCCGAGAACUCCAGCUCCAGCACAGCGCCAGCACUGUCGAUUGGUGUAGGAGUCGGUGCAGGAGUAGCAGCCGCGCUAAUCUGCCUCGGUGGGGUCUUCCUCUGGCGUCGACACCAUCGCAAGAUCAAAGAUACACACCCACGGCCGCCCCCGAUCGAGAUGUAUGGACAGGGCUGGCAAAAGCAUUACGAGACUUCUGUCAUGUAUCCCCCAUCAAGGAUGGCUUCGUCGUCCAAGUCCAUGGCACCGGCGGAGGCACCAGGCUGGCCUAUGGACCCUUAUGAGUUGCCGGCACAGACGCCUAGAGGGCUGGGAGUGCAUCGAUGAAGGCAAUGGAUUGGACUACGCUUAGAUGAUAAUGUAUGAUUGGUGCUCGAUGUUUUCAGGUUAGAAUGUGCAAUCUCAGCGUUUGUUGUUCUUGUUCGCGACUGUUAUCAUGGUUGUGGUCCUGGAUUUGUGCGAUCUC